AUGGGUGAUAAUAGGAACAUUGUAGUUGUUGAAGACUUGUAUAAAGAUAUUUCCGGAUUAAAAAACACCACCUUGGAUUUGAAAAACUUUUCAAUGUCAAACUCAGCGAAGGUUGUAAACUGUUCGGAUGUAACUCUUAAUUUAAGCGAAAAGAUGUCAAAGAUUACGUUGUUGGAUUGUCACGAUAUCAUCGUUAAUUCCAAUUCUCUAAUCACCGGAAUUGAAAUCACAUCUUGUCAUAACAUCAAGAUUAUUGUUACCAAGAAUCUCCCUAGUUUGGUUAUAGAUAAAUCUGAUAGUAUAAUAACAUAUGUACCUGAGGAGUCUGCAGGUAACCUAAAGAUUACAACUGCCAAAUCUGGUGAUCUCAACUUGGUCAUUAGUAAACCGAAUGACUCUCAAUACGAAUUGCACAUCCCUUCCCAAUUUGAGCAUACACUUGAUGAAACACUCAAGAAUUUUAUUCACAAGCCCUCAUCUUUUUAUUAA